AUGGCGCUGUGCAAAUUCUUUCAGCAGGGCAAUUGCAGAUUUGGAAAUUCCUGCCGAUUCGAACAUUCUAAUGGCGGCGGAGCGAACCGAUUCGGCGCCCUGGGCAGUGGCAAUGUGUCCGAGUUCCAACGCAGCUUAGAUAAAUACUCCAUCAAGCUCGACGCCAUAGAGGCUGACCUGACGACCGAGGCCCCUAUAUGGGUCCUGUCCGCCUAUGCUCCCGGCCGCGAUGCCCCAGACCAGCUCUUUGGCGGCGCCAUACGGGAGCAGAGCUUCGAGGAGAUGCGGCUACACUACGUCAAGGGAAAAGCAGAGGGAAUGGAACAGCAGACGCUCGCGCAGGCCCAGGAGCUGUACCAGAACGCGCAGGCGCAGAUGCAGACAGCCGUGCGCAACGUCGGCGAGGCUGCCAAGUACAUCGUAGAGGGGGAACAUCGACACCCGAACCGCCUCGACGUCUGCCAGCAGGGCACGCAGGGACUGCCCUUUAACGAGUUCCUGGUCGGGAAGCGGCCCAAGUCGAUGGCGCCAGUGCCGCCGCCGGCCGCGAACCCCUUUGAUCCGAGCGGCAACACGGCGGCUGCUGCUGCGCCUGCCAACCCCUUCGCCGCCACGACCAACACCACGGCUUCCCCAUUUGGGGACGUCGGCGGUGGGAGCGCGGCGCCGACGCCGAACGCUUUUCGACAGCCGUCUGCGCUCGCCCAAAAGCCGAAUUCAUUUGGCGCGCCUGCCUUUGGACAGCCCACGCAGCCUGCCGCGGGCUUCGGGCAGCCGGCGCAAAAUCCGGGCCCUUUUGGCCAACCGUCACAGCCCUCGGGAUUUGGCCAGCCGGCGCAACCAACACCGUCUGCGUUUGGACAACCUUCGGCGUUCGGGGCGAAGCCAAGUCCGUUUGGUGCGCCUGCCUUUGGCCAACCUGCACAGGCCACUACUGGCGGCCAGUCCUCCGCCUUUGGCCAACCCAGUCAAAUGGGCCAGAAGCCGAAUCCUUUUGGAGGAAACGCCAACGCAGGGCCAAGUCCCUUUGCCGCUGCCCCGAACAAUAACAGCACGCCGGCAAACCCCUUUGGAGGAAACAGUAAUGCAGGCCCGAGCCCUUUUGCUGCGCCGUCAAAUAAGAAUGAUACGCCGGCCAAUCCUUUCGGUGCCCCUGCCACAAACAACCAGACCAGCCCGGCUGCCGCGAAUCCGUUCGGGAGCCAAACGCCGGCGCAAAACAAGAUCGCGAGGCCCUUUGAACAACCGCCCAGCACGCCUAACGCAAACCCCUUUGCCAGCGGCGGUCCGUCGACGACGUUGGCAGGGAACCCCUUUGCGACUGGCGGCCACCAAGUCGGUACUGGUGGCGGCGUGGCGCCCAACCCCUUCGUGUCAGUACAGUCCAAUGCGCAGGGGCCCCCGAACCCCUUUGCGGCUGCGCCGGCCAAAUCAGCUCAGCCGGCAGCGGCGGCGGCCACCGCCGGCAAGCCGUACCCGGCGGGCAGCGCUAAGCAGCACCCCGCCCCCGCGAGCUACAUCAGCCUUAACAUGGACGGGACGCUGGCCGAAUUCAAGGGAAAAGCCGUCAUCUACAGCGACGGCAAGCCCGGCAUCCGCGCCUUUGAUGGCACAUGGACGCGCAUAUGGUUCCCCGAAGGCGCGCCGGGCUACUCCAAGGACACGGAGCUACCCAUGGGCAUGUAUGACGAUAGGUCUAAGACGCAGUGGCAGCAGUUUGAGCAGACGGGUCAGUUUGUGAAUGGCUUGAUGCCGUCGCUGCCUCCACCGCGCGAGUGUACUGUUUGGGACUUUUAG